AUGAUUAAUUUUGUUUUGAAAAGAUUGAAACCUUCAACAACAACAACAACAAAGUUCUCUCUUCUUUCACCACCACCAAAUAGUUUUAUUACUUCAAGAUUAACAAAUAAUAAUAACUUUUAUUUAAAUAACAACAACAACAACAAAUAUAAUAAUAAUAAUUUUCAUUUUAAUCAAUUAAAAUCAUAUUCAACAAUCUCAAAUUCAACAACCAAUAAUAAUAAUAAUAAUUUAAAAACAACAACAACAACAAAAACAAACAAAAUGUCAGAUUGUGAAAAGAUUAAGAACGAUAUUAAAUUGAAAUUCCCAUUGAAAUUGGAGGAGUUUGACGAGCGUGUGCAACAUCUAAAGAAGACACACGACGCUGGUUUGCAAAAGAUCAUCGAUAUUCCACGUGCCUCUCGUACCUUUGAGAAUACUUUUGGUGCGCUUAUCGAUCUCGAGCGUCAGUACUACAUCGAGGAGAGUUCACUCACCUUCCCAGCACACGUCAACCAAGCCAAGGAGAUCCGUGACGUCUCGAACAACGCCGAGUCCGAACUCAACAAGUACUCGAUCGACACCAACAUGCGUGAGGAUCUCUACAACGUGUUCGCCGAGUACAUCCAAGACAACCCCGCCUACAAGUCGGAGCUGAGUGCCGUGCAGCAGCGUGUCAUCAAGAAGAUCAUGGAGGUCUACGAGAGGAACGGUUUGCAGCUGCCAAAGGAUCAGCGUGACGUUCUCAAGGAGAUCAAGAAGGAGAUCAACGAACUCUCGAUCCAAUUCAACAAGAACAUCGCCGAAGAUAAAUCAAAGGUGACAUUCACACGUGAGCAACUCGCUGGUGUUCCAGACGAUGUCCUCGAACUCUUUGAGAAGACCGACAGCGGUAGCUACACCGUCUCUUGCAAAUCACCGGAAUACGUUCCUCUCAUGAAGUUCUGCAACGUCACCGACACCAGAAAGAAGAUGGAUUUCACCUAUGGUUCCAGAUGUAUCGAUACCAACGUUAAAAUCCUUUCUCAAGCUUGUAAAUUAAGACAUGAAUCUGCUAAAAUUCUUGGUAAAAAUGAAUGGAGUGAAGUUGUCACUCAAUAUAAUAUGGCUUUGAAUUCAAAGAAUGUCACUGAUUUCUUGACUAGAAUGACAAAUCUUUUGAAACCAUAUGGACUUGAAGAAUUAAAGAAAUUAGCGUAA